UCUAUUCAUUGACAACAACGUAAGACAUGAUCGAACUCCAACUUUAGCUUUUGUAUUUUCUUCUUUCUGAAACAGAAAAAAUAAACAACAGCAUUGUGAUUCUGGUUCUUCCAAGAAAACGAUGGCGUCAUCGGACAUUGGGUUAAUUUUGGAGAACUCGAAAGAGCUCGAUCGGUUAAGGAAAGAGCAAGAGGACGUUCUUUUAGAUAUUAACAAAAUGCACAAGAAGCUUCAAGCUACUCCUGAGGUGGUUGAGAAGCCUGGUGAUACUUCGUUGGCAAAGCUCAAAACUUUAUAUACUCAGGCCAAAGAACUUUCAGAGAGUGAAGUAAGUGUUUCCAGUGCCCUGUUGACUCAAUUGGAUGCUCUGUUACCAUCUGGACCUCCAGGUCAACAACGAAGAAGGAUAGAAGGUAAUGAUCAGAAAAGGAAAAGAAUCAAAGCCGAUUCAGAUAUCUCAAGGCUCUCUCCUGCAGUAAGAAGUCAACUUGAAGCAUGUGCUAGUCUAAAGGGUGAACAGGUAGCAGCUAGGGUCACAGGUGAUAAUGCUGAAAAGGAUGAGUGGUUUGUUGUAAAAGUGAUUCAUUUUGAUAGGGAAACAAAAGAAUUCGAAGUACUUGAUGAGGAGCCGGGAGAUGACGAAGAGAGUGGUGGCCAAAGAAAGUACAAGCUGCCCAUGUCAUGUAUUAUACCUUUCCCCAAGCGAAAUGAUCCUUCUAGUGCCCCAGAUUUUCCUCCUGGGAGACAUGUUUUGGCUGUCUAUCCAGGAACAACAGCACUUUAUAAGGCAACUGUUGUGAGCCCCCUUCGGAAGAGGAAGAUAGAUGAUUAUUUGCUGGAGUUUGAUGACGAUGAAGAAGAUGGAGCCUUGCCUCAGAGGAUUGUUCCCUUCUAUAAGGUGGUUCCCUUACCAGAAGGGCAUCGUCAAUGAGUCCUUGUUCAUAGUUGUGUGUAAAUAAAGCUCCUGUGUAGCAGUGUAAUACAGACCAUGCAUCUUGCAUCCUCUUACCUCUCUUCUUUCUUUGACCUAAAGGGGCAAUGCCUUGAAAAGAGACGUACCAUAUUUAUUUGUUUGGUUGUGUAGUGAAGUGGCUUUUCCUUA